GACUGCACGCUGAGCUAAACUCAUUGCUCCCCUGCACUGACGUGACGUGAUCGUAUUUUGGCCCACACGGUAUGCCGUAGUCUGAAAGAUGGCGACCGUAGCGCUGGUUAGCCGUCCUGUGAGUGUCCUUCCAAAGAUUUCAGGUAGCUGCUCCCCUGCUGUGUUGUCAGCUGCCUCCGUCACCACAGUCCAGAAGAGGAAGCUGCAUCAUGCUGUCGUCCCCAAAGGGAAAGGAGGACGCUCCUCCUCCAGUGGAAUAGCAGCAACGGUGUUUGGUGCCACAGGCUUUCUGGGCCGUUAUGUGGUCAACAGGCUCGGUCGGAUUGGCUCUCAGGUUAUCAUACCUCACCGCUGUGAUCAGUAUGACCUCAUGUACUUCAGGCCCAUGGGUGAUCUGGGACAGAUCCUUUUUAUGGAGUGGGAUGCCAGGAAUAAAGACUCCAUCAAACAGGCUUUGGAGCACUCUAAUGUUGUCAUCAACCUCGUGGGCAGAGAGUGGGAGACCAGGAACUACCAGUUUGAAGAUGUCUUUGUGACCAUCCCCCAGCAGAUUGCCAAGGCCGCCAGAGAGGCUGGCGUCACAAAGUUCGUCCACAUGUCUCACCUCAACGCCGACAUACGCAGCCCGUCCAAAUAUCUGAGGAACAAGGCUGUAGGAGAGACGGCAGUGAGAGACGAGUUCCCUGAAGCGAUCAUCAUGAAGCCCUCUGAGAUGUUUGGGAGGGAGGACAGAUUCUUCAACUACUUUGCAAACAUGCGCUGGUUUGGCAGUGCUGUUCCUCUCAUGUCCAUGGGGAAGAAGACUGUGAAGCAGCCUGUUCAUGUGGUGGAUGUGGCCAAGGCCAUCAUCAAUGCUGUCAGAGACCCUGAUGCUAAUGGAAAGACUUAUGCGCUAGUUGGUCCCAACCGUUAUCAGCUCCAUGACCUGGUGGAGUACAUCUACGCGGUGGCACACAGACCUUUUGUGCCCUACCCCAUGCCGCGGCCAUUGUACCACCUUGCUGCUAAGUUUUUCGCAAUGAACCCAUUUGAGCCGUGGACAACCCCAGACAAAAUCGACAGGUUUCACACAACAGACAUGAAGUACCCAGGACUUCCUGGUCUGGAAGAUCUUGGUAUCACUCCUUCCACCGUAGAACAAAAAGCGAUUGAGAUUCUGCGCCGUCAUCGCCGAUAUCGUUACCUGGAGGCUGACCCGGAUGAGGCGAAGCCGGCCAAGACCGUCAACUAUUAAACGACCAGCAACACCAAGGCAGAGUGUUUGGUCUUUAACUAUAUUCUGUAUAUAAAUUAAAAAGAUGAUCCUCUAAGUGUU